UCCCAUCCGGCCGGUUCAAUGGAGCUUUCUUGCCUACGGACCAAAGAUCGUCACAGGUGAGACAUUCUUGCACUGCCUUCUUCCUCGCACGUGGCUAUGAAACAUAAAUGGAGAAGAUGUCGUAUGUGCGGAGAAGACGUAGAAUGUCUCAAGCAGGAAGAGAAUACUGGAUCGUCUGCUUACCUCGAGGCGCUCUAGGCGUGGAGCUACCUGCUCUGGCGUUUAGCAAAGCGUACAACCAUCUCCGGUCACGAGGUCUCGUAAACACUUCGUGAGAAAUGUGACGUGCGUGGGUCUGGAGGCUGGUUCGGCCCAAAGGG